AUGGCAGUUUUGUUAUCAACAAUAGCAGCAGCAGCUAAGCCAAGUUUGAAGCUUUUAAACAACAAUGGAAUUACACAAGAAAUAUCGUCAAACUCAUUUCAUAUUUUCCCUGGAUUGAGCUUAGAGAACAAAAAACACAAGAAGAGAUUAUGUUUUGUAAAUUUAGUUGCUAAGAAUCAAACAAGCAUUGAAGCAAAACAAAGAGGCCAUGCUAAAAUAGGACCUAAAAGAGGAGGUAAAGACUUAGUUUUGAGUGAAGGAAGAGAAGAAGAUGAGAAUUAUGGACCUAUUUGUCCUGGUUGUGGGGUAUUUAUGCAAGAUAAAGAUCCAAACCUUCCUGGUUAUUAUAAGAAAAGAGAAGUUAUUGUUGAAAGAGAUGAUGUAGGGGAGGAUGAGGAGGAGGAUGUUGUAGAUGAAUUUGAAGGGUUUGAGGAUGUUUUUGAAGGUGAGGAAGAGGAUCUAGAGGACGGAAUUGAGGGUAAACUUGAGAAAGGGGUAGGUAAUUUGGAAACAUGGGCCGAGUUUGAUUUGGAUUCCGAUGAAUUUGAACCCUUAUUAGAAGAUGAAGAGGGUGGUGAUUCUGACUUGGAUGGUUUUAGUCCCGCUGGGGUUGGAUAUGGUAACAUUACAGAGGAGAUAAUAGAGAAACAAAAGAGGAAAAAGGAGCAGAAAAAGGUUUCAAAGGCAGAGAGGAAGAGGUUGGCUAGGGAGGCUAAGAAGGAAAAGGAUGAGGUUACAGUGUGUGCUCGAUGUCAUUCUUUGAGGAAUUAUGGGCAGGUUAAGAACCAAACAGCUGAAAAUUUGAUACCUGAUUUUGAUUUCAAUAGGUUGAUCGCAACUAGGUUGAUGAAAGCUAGUGGUAGUGGCAACGCUACUGUUGUUGUUAUGGUUGUUGAUUGUGUUGACUUUGAUGGCUCAUUUCCUAAGCGGGCAGCACAGUCCUUGUUCAAGGCAUUGGAAGGAGUCAAGGAUGACCCUAGAGCUAGUAAAAAGUUGCCUAAGCUUGUUCUUGUGGGUACAAAGGUUGAUCUCCUCCCAUCACAGAUUCCACCUACCAGACUAGAUAGAUGGGUUAGGCACCGUGCUAGGGCUGGAGGGGCGCCUAAGCUAAAUGGGGUUUAUUUAGUUAGUUCUCGUAAGGAUGUGGGUGUGAGGAACUUGUUAUCAUUUAUUAAGGAAUUGGCUGGUCCUCGAGGGAAUGUGUGGGUUAUUGGGGCUCAGAAUGCAGGCAAGUCUACUCUAAUAAAUGCAUUGGCCAAGAAAGGAGGGGCUAAAGUCACAAAGCUUACAGAAGCUCCAGUUCCUGGGACAACUCUUGGAAUUUUGAGAAUUGGAGGGAUUUUGUCAGCUAAGGCAAAGAUGUAUGACACUCCGGGUCUUCUACAUCCAUAUCUAAUGUCCAUGAGAUUGAGUAGGGAUGAGCAGAAAAUGGUUGAAAUCCGAAAGGAGCUCCAACCUCGAACGUAUAGAGUGAAGGCAGGACAGGCAAUACAUGUUGGUGGAUUGUUGCGACUGGACCUCAAUCAAGCAUCUGUGCAAACAAUCUAUGUCACAGUUUGGGCAUCAACAAAUGUUUCUCUGCACAUGGGGAAGAUGGAAAAUGCUGAUGAGUUUUGGAAGAACCAUGUUGGUGUCCGUUUACAGCCUCCAACUGGUGAAGAUAGAGCUUCUGAGCUAGGAAAAUGGGAAGAGAGGGAAAUCAAAGUAAGUGGAACAAGUUGGGAUGCCAAUAGCAUAGAUAUUUCUAUAGCUGGUUUAGGCUGGUUUUCUGUGGGCCUCAAAGGGGAAGCAACCCUGACUUUGUGGACAUAUGAUGGCAUUGAGAUCACUUUGAGAGAACCUUUGGUUCUUGACCGAGCACCAUUUCUUGAGAGACCUGGAUUUUUGUUACCUAAGGCAAUAUCCGAUGCCGUUGGCAACCGAUCCAAACUAGAAGCCAAAAGUAGGAAAAAGCUUCAAGAAUCGAGUCUGGAUUUUCUAGCCGAGGUUUCUGCUUGA